AAACCACAGUGUGAACAUAUCCCUCCCUCUGUCUUUCUCUCUCUCUCUGCCAUCUUGCAGGUAAAGUUGCCAGGGGUCCUGGGCUGAGAAAGUGGCCAGACCCUCCCACAGUGGGAUGUUUUCUCUGCUGCACUCUGGGCUGGUUUCUAUUCAAAUGUGGGUCAGGGGUGAGGAAGCCUAACGUCAUAAGCUUGCAACAUGGCGUCCCGAAGGCUGUGAGAUGUGCAAGAGGAUGGUAAAGAACGCUUGAGAACGAUACUACCGAUGUAAUAAGCUUCAGGUGGUGCUCGUGUAGGAAGAGAGAGAGAAGGAAAGAAGGAAGGUGGAAAUGGAACUGCCAAAUCAUGCCAAACAACUGCUGCUGCAACUAAACCAGCAGAGAGCCAAGGGCUUCCUGUGUGAUGUUAUCAUCGUGGUGGAGAAUGCACUCUUCCGUGCCCACAAGAACAUCCUGGCUGCAAGCAGCAUCUACUUCAAAUCUUUGGUCCUCCACGAUAACCUCAUUAACCUUGACACAGAGAUGGUUAACCCCUCUGUAUUUAGACAAGUUCUGGACUUCAUCUACACUGGGAAGCUCCUGUCCUCGUCAGACCAGAGCAGUGAGCGGAACUUCAGUGCCCUCUUAACCGCAGCCAGCUACCUCCAGCUCCAUGACCUCGCUGCUCUGUGCAGGAAGAAGCUCAAGCGCAGUGGUGGAAAAGCCCUGCCAGGUAAACCCUCCACUCCAGGUCCCCUCAGCCGCUUACGCCUCAACAACCAGCGCCUUUCCACUUCUACCCCUGCUGGCCCCAAAAACCACUAUCCUCCGACCCCCUCCGAUGCCGACCAGCCACAGCCAGAUGAAGGCCUUCGGGACAAGCUCUCAGACGAUGAAAUGUUUGUUGGCAGCUCUGGGAGGAAUGGGAAUGGAGGGAAUGGCAGCAGUAACGGUAAUCUCAGCAGUGGAGGAAGUGCUGGGGAACCAGAUCUUGGACUAGACCUGUCCAAGAAGAGCCCUCCCUCUGUGGGCACAGCCACGGAUGCCCUCAGCCCACACAGCAACUCCCAAGAGUCCCCUCAAUCUGCCUCAGUAUCCACAACCAACAGUGCCUCACUGGAUGACUCCUCUACCACCCUGCCAGGUGUGGACACCUGUGGCUCUGAAACCAUGGAGCUCAACUCCUCUUCUAAAGCCCCAGAGGAAACCCAAAACCAGCCUGAUGGCCCCCCGCCCCAGAAGAAAUCCCGGCAGGGUGCUCGCAAGAACGAAUGGCCCAAGAAAGAGGCGUCAGGGUUGAAGUCUGAAGAUCAUGACCGGUCCCUGGUUAAUGGGGUGAUUGUGGGACCUAAAGAUGGCCGCUCCUCUGACCAGUCCUUCCAGUGCAAAGAUGAGGAAGAAGGGGGAGAGAAUGGCCAGGACCACACUGAUGAGAGUGGGCAAAGUGACGGUGAGAGUGCAGGAGGUGGAGGAGGAACAGGAGGGGGACACCACAGCGCCAACUACGUGUACCGGCAGGAAGGUUUUGAGCCAGCAUUUGGAGACAACCUCUAUGUGUGCAUUCCCUGUGGUAAGGGUUUCCCCAGUUCUGAGCAGCUCAAUGCUCAUGUGGAGACACACAAUGAGGAUGAGCUCUACAUCAAAGAGGAGGGAGGGACCUUUGUGAAAGAGGAAGAUGAGGAGGAGGCAGAGGACCUCUCUGCCCCCGUGGGUCCCUCCAGCUUUGGCUCUGAAACGCGUCCGUUCAAGUGUACAGUCUGCAGUAAGAGCUACAAAGACCCGGCAACUCUGAGACAACAUGAAAAGAGCCAUUGGCUGACCAGGCCUUUCCCCUGCAACAUCUGUGGCAAAAUGUUCACCCAGAGGGGCACCAUGACACGCCACAUGCGCAGCCACCUUGGCCUCAAGCCGUUUGCAUGUGAAGAGUGUGGCAUGCGCUUCACACGCCAGUACCGUCUGACAGAGCACAUGCGUGUUCACUCUGGAGAGAAGCCGUAUGAAUGCCAGCUAUGCGGGGGGAAGUUUACCCAGCAGCGCAACCUCAUCAGUCACCUGAGAAUGCACACCUCACCCACUUAGAAAUGCAUCAAGCCAAAGAACUCUGGGAAUAGAAAAAAAAAUACAUUUCUCUACCUUUCCAUCUCAACAGCAAAGAUACGCACAUGUACACAUUCACAUGCAGACACUCACAGUUCCUCAUACUAAUUCCAGUUUACGACGCCCUGGCUAAGCGAAUGAUGUAGCUGUUGGCCACAGUGGGCUCUUGGUGACGGUGGGAACUUGUUGAUGCAAGGAUCAUGUCAUCAUUUAUAUCAAGUGACGUCUGCUCACCUCUCAGGAGUUCUAGAGGGACAAUUACUCCUGUCUCUCUCCAAAGUCACAAAGCCAUGGUAGAGUGGCAUGACUUCUGGUCUGCAUUGCAAGUCUGUAAAUUGUGAAUGUGGUACUAAUAUAACCUCACCGCAUACCCCUCAGCAGCCUUUCUCUCUUCUACUUUGAGCAUUGAGUCUUUGUGUUUUUCAGAUUGAUCAUCAAACUGAUAAACUUAAGAGUCCCCUCUGUACUCCAGUGCUAUUUUGACCAAAAACCCAUGCAAACAAUACUGGCAAUAAUUCAGCAAAAAGAUUAUUUUUACCCUGACAGCUUUAUAUACUUUGCUAUAUUGGUGAUGGGGAUCUGUAUGUAAGAGGAGGGGUAACUGGGUUUGGGACCAUCUCCAAGCUUUAACUAAAAGUCCUGAAAGAAAUGGUGGGAUGACAUUGGAUUAAGUUUUAGUUUUACAGACCACAAAUACGCAAAGUCCUCUCUACAGCUGUUCACAGUCAAUUUAGAGAGGAUUUUCUUUGUUUUUGGUUUUGCCUGCUAGUGCUCCCAGGAGUGAAUCCUGGUUGGAAAGAUUAACCCCUUUUGAGGUACUUGAUUUACUUAAAGAACUUGUAAUGUUUCAGUGAAUGUUUAAACUGGAAAGUCUUGGGAUUUUUCUUGUGGA